UAUGUUUAAUGACAACAAUUCCAGCUGUUUCUUCCUCUCUUCCAUCUCUCUCCCUGUCUCUCUCCGCCUCUCUCCCUCUCUUUCUCUUCUCCCUUUCUUAUUUACUCCUCCCCCUCCUUUUCUAUAUCAAAAUUAUUGUCUCUUCUCUCUCCCUCAUCUCUCUCUCCCUCAUCUCUCUCAUGGUAAGCAUCUCUUCUGCAAAUUUCCUCAGCAACUAAACAACAACUAGCUAUCAGCUUCUCAAUACACCACAAUUUGUUACCGUACUCCACUGCGACGCUCCGUCGUCGCAGAAUGGAUUAUUGAAAGCAAGAUAAAUAUACUUAGCACAGCUCUGGCGGACCUCAGAGGAACCUUGGCGUUCUUGCUAUCGUCGAUUUCACCGGACUCUCUUGUCUAUCUUCAGUUCAACAAGAAAUUAAGAACACGGAGAAGAAAAACAGACAGCAAAAUGCUCUGGAUUAUGAGAUUCUCCGGAUUCUUCUCCGCCGCGAUGAUUAUGAUCGUCUUGUCUCCGUCGCUGCAAUCAUUUCCUCCAGCCGAAGCAAUCAGAUCUUCGAACGCUGAAUAUGAUAAAUAUCAUUUAUCCGCGCAAAUUAACAAUAAGUUCUCCUUCCGUAGAGCCUCACAUUUCCGUAAUGCAGACGAAUGCAGCAGCUCAAAAUUGGGGAAAACAAGCGUCUGUGAUCCUUCGCUCAUUCACGUAGCGAUUACUCUCGAUAUCGAGUAUCUCCGUGGCUCAAUUGCAGCUGUGCAUUCGAUUUUACAACAUUCAAUGUGCCCGGAGAACAUCUUCUUUCACUUCCUGGUCUCGGAAUCCAAUUUGGAGAGCGUAAUCUCGUCUACAUUCGAUCAAUUGAACUUUAAGGUGUAUUACUUCAAUCCGGAUCUAGUGCGGACUCUAAUUUCAUCUUCGGUUCGACAAGCGCUGGAGCAGCCGCUCAAUUACGCGAGAAAUUAUCUCUCCGAUCUUCUCCCAAGUUGCGUGAAGCGUGUCAUAUAUCUCGAUUCCGAUUUAGUACUUGUCGAUGAUGUUUCCAAACUUUGGACCACAAAUUUGGGGAAAAAGACAAUCGGAGCUCCGGAAUAUUGUCACGCGAAUUUCACCAAAUAUUUCACCGAUAAAUUCUGGUCUAAUAGCUAUUCAAGAACAUUUUCGGGACGAAAGCCCUGUUAUUUCAAUACAGGCGUUAUGGUGAUAGAUAUUGCGAAAUGGAGGCGUAUCGGGUACACGAGACGACUCGAAAGAUGGAUGGAGAUCCAGAAGAGUGAACGGAUCUAUGAACUCGGAUCGCUGCCACCGUAUCUGCUCGUAUUUGCUGGCCAGGUGGCACCGAUUGAGCACAGGUGGAACCAACAUGGACUAGGUGGUGAUAAUGUCAAGGGGAGUUGCCGAGAUUUGCAUCCGGGUCCGGUUAGUUUGUUGCAUUGGAGCGGGUCGGGUAAGCCGUGGCUCCGGCUUGAUUCGAAGCAGGCUUGUCCGUUGGAUAUGUUAUGGGCGCCUUAUGAUUUGUACGGACAAUCAAGAUGAAGCUCAGCGGAAGUAUUGCCGGUAAAUGUUUUUUGUUAGCUUAAAAUUUGUUUUAUUAUGUUAACCGUUCAGUAUAAUUUUAAAUUUUUUUUUUUGUGGAAUAUUGACUGAUUACCAGUUUUCAGACCAUCUGUAUUCUAUUUUAUUAGUCCUCUGUAUUUGAAAUAAACAGGAAAAAAAAAACCAUUGACAUA